CCCCCUACUGUGGGCGAAAAGGGACUACAUUAACUAGGAUGCCCUCCUCUGUACGGGCUGGCAGCCUGAAGGAUCCAGAGGUGGCUGAGCUCUUCUUCAAAGAAGACCCAGAGAAGCUCUUCUCUGACCUCAGAGAGAUAGGGCAUGGCAGCUUUGGAGCCGUCUACUUUGCACGGGAUGUGCGCACCAAUGAGGUGGUGGCCAUUAAGAAGAUGUCAUACAACGGGAAACAGUCUAAUGAGAAAUGGCAGGAUAUCAUAAAAGAGGUGAAGUUUCUCCAGAGGAUUCGGCACCCCAACAGUAUAGAAUACAAAGGCUGCUAUCUCCGUGAACACACAGCAUGGCUGGUUAUGGAGUACUGCCUCGGCUCGGCAUCAGAUCUUUUGGAAGUUCAUAAAAAACCCUUGCAAGAAGUGGAGAUUGCUGCCAUUACCCAUGGUGCUUUACAGGGAUUGGCCUACCUUCAUUCCCACAACAUGAUCCACAGGGAUGUCAAGGCUGGGAACAUCCUGCUUACUGAGCCUGGGCAGGUCAAACUGGCAGACUUUGGGUCUGCCUCGAUUGCAUCACCUGCCAACUCCUUUGUAGGGACGCCAUAUUGGAUGGCCCCGGAGGUGAUUCUGGCUAUGGACGAAGGCCAAUAUGAUGGGAAGGUGGAUGUCUGGUCCUUAGGAAUAACCUGUAUAGAAUUAGCGGAGAGGAAACCUCCUUUGUUUAACAUGAAUGCAAUGAGUGCCUUAUACCACAUAGCGCAGAAUGAGAGUCCUGCACUGCAGUCCAGUGAAUGGACGGACUACUUUAGAAACUUUGUCGAUUCUUGCCUUCAGAAAAUCCCCCAGGAUAGACCACACUCUGAUGAUAUGCUGGGUCAUGCUUUCCUGCAGCGGGAGCGCCCAGAAUCUGUGUUGAUGGACCUGAUCCUGAGAACCAAGGAUGCAGUGAGAGAACUGGACAACCUGCAGUACCGUAAGAUGAAAAAGAUCCUCUUCCAGGAGGCUCAUAACGGGCCCACGGCCGAAACGCAGGAUGGGGAUGAGGAGCCAGAGAAGGAGAAGGGCGGGGGUCGGACGGGAACAGUGGACAGCCUGGGCAGUAACCAGUCAAUCCCCAGCAUGUCCAUCAGCGCCAGCUCCCAGAGCAGCUCUGUCAACAGCCUAAACGAAGCAGCCCAGGACAGCCGCAGUGAGCUGGAUCUGAUGGAGGGGGACCACACUGUCAUGUCCAACAGCUCAGUUAUACACCUUAAGCCGGAGGAAGAACAGAGUUAUGGUGAGGACCAGGCUGCCAGCAGUCAGCCCUCUGAGCCCCAGCCACCCCCAGCUCAGGGCCCCAGGAAGCACUACCGCAACAGAGAGCACUUUGCUACAAUACGCACAGCCUCGCUGGUGACCCGUCAGAUGCAGGAGCAUGAGCAGGACUCAGAACUGAGGGAGCAGAUGACGGGCUACAAGCGCAUGAGGCGGCAGCACCAGAAGCACCUGAUGGCCCUGGAGAACAAGCUGAAGGGGGAAAUGGACGAGCACAGGCUGAGACUGGACAAAGAGCUGGAGAGCCAGAGGAACACCUUCUCCCAAGAGAUCGAGAAGCUGCUCCGAAAACACCAGGCAGCCAUGGAAAAAGAUCUGAAGACGUUCACCAAUGACGAGAAGAAGUUCCAGCAGCACAUCCAGGUCCAGCAGAAGAAAGAGCUCAGCAGCUUCCUGGAGUCGCAAAAGCGGGAGUACAAGCUGCGCAAGGAGCAGCUGAAAGAGGAACUGAGUGAAAAUCAGUCGACCCCCAAGAAGGAGAAGCAGGAGUGGCUAUCCAAGCAGAAAGAGAACAUCCAGAAUUUCCAGGCGGAGGAAGAGGCCAACCUACUGAGGAGACAGAGGCAGUACCUCGAACUGGAGUGUCGACGUUUCAAGCGAAGGAUCCUCAUCGCCAGGCACAACGUAGAGCAGGACCUGGCCAGAGAGGAGCUGAAUAAGCGACAGACACAGAAGGAUCUGGAGCACGCCAUGCUGCUCAGGCACCACGAGUCGAUGCAGGAACUGGAGUUCCGGCACCUUGGGACGAUCCAGAAGGCACGGACCGAGCUCAUCCGGACGCAGCACCAGACGGAGCUCACCAACCAACUGGAAUACAACAAGAGGAGGGAGAGGGAGCUCAGACGCAAGCAUGUCAUGGAGGUCCGCCAGCAGCCAAAGAGCCUCAAGUCCAAGGAGCUGCAGAUCAAGAAGCAGUUCCAGGACACGUGCAAGACCCAGACAAGGCAGUACAAGGCCCUGCGGAACCACCUGCUGGAGACCACGCCCAAGUCAGACCACAAAGCUGUGCUCAAGAGGCUGAAGGAGGAGCAGACCAGGAAGCUGGCCAUCCUGGCCGAGCAGUACGACCACACCAUCAAUGACAUGCUCUCCACCCAGGCUCUGCGGCUGGACGAGGCCCAGGAGGGGGAGUGUCAGGUACUGAGAAUGCAGCUGCUGCAGGAGAUGGAGCUGCUCAACGCCUACCAGAGCAAGAUCAAAAUGCAGACGGACGCCCAGCAUGACAAGGAGAGGAAGGAACUGGAGCAGAGGGUCUCGCUGCGGAGGGCUCUACUCGAGCAGAAAAUCGAAGAGGAGAUGCUGGCUCUGCAGAGCGAACGCCUGGAGCGAAUCCGUUCGCUUCUGGAACGCCAAGCCCGAGAGAUCGAGGCCUUCGACUCUGAAUCGAUGAGGCUGGGCUUCAGCAACAUGGUCCUCACUAACCUGGCUCAUGACUCCCAGAGCGGCUGGGGGGGAGGAGGUGGCGGAGGACAGGGUGCUCAUGGGGGAGGCCAUUGGCCUGGAGGGGGAGGAGGAGGGGGCGGUGGAGGUGGCCACCACAGCAGUCACCACCACCAGGGGGGCUCCAGCUCUCAGCAGCCCUGGGGUCACCCCAUGCUGGCUGGGGGCCCACCGCCCUGGAGUCUCCACCACCCUGGAGCGGGGAGCCAGAGGGGGAGCGGGGGAGGGGUGAGGAACAGCCCGCAGGCUAUGAGGAGGACGUCAUCGGGGGGGAGGAGUGAACAGGGCAUGAGCAGGAGUGCCAGCAUCACCUCCCAGAUCUCCAAUGGAUCCCACUUGUCAUACACCUAGACUACACAAAAGACACUCACUCACACGCGCACACACACACACACCACACAUACAGCUCCUGUUAUACCCUGUAGUGAAUUUUAAAACACACAGGCUGCACAGUAAUCACACCGGGGAUCUUUUUGGAACAUUUUUUCCCUUGGCACAGUCCCUCUCAGUUCCCCCUUACAUCUUUUUAUUCGUUUAAUGCUUCCAGGGGACUGUGGAAACCCAAAGGCUUACCCCUGUAUGGCUCAGGGCCGUAAUGCAAUAUGCCAUAGAAAGAUAGUGUCUUGCAAUGUAAUUUUUUUUUUUUUUUUUUUUUUUUUGGUCUUAGUCUGUGUAUUUCUCUUUGCCAUAGUAGUGUCAGUUGCCAUGGGCCCGGACAAACGUCUCUGUAUUUCGACUGACCUCACAUGCAGUUAUCGGUCAGGAAUUUUACGCUUGCAAUGCAGUAUGCCAUCACCUGAACCUCAUCCGAGGUAAAGCUGAUGCGCUCAAAUCAGUGUCGUUCAUUGUAGUGGGAGUAGUUCUAGUGCCAAUGGGGACGACCAUGAACAGGAUGCCAGCAGGAUUAUUCCCAAAAAUACUUACCUGGCAGGGGAGAUGCCAUCAUCAAGGAUUAUUCCCAAAAUCACUCUCACGGUGUGAUAUUAUUUUAGCUAUUGAUCUUUGUUAUGUUGUUUUCAUAAAACUUAUAUGUUGGUAGUGGUCUUAAAGAGAUUACUAUUGAUGUGAAAUAGAAGGUAUUGAGAAGUGAAGAGGUGAAGAGAGGUGAAGAGACGAUGUGAGGUGAGAGGGACGGGGUAACAGAACGAUGGGUUCGAUUUCAGAACGGUUCAGAGUAAGAGAGAGAGAAUGUGCAAAAUCGCUGUGCGUGCUGAAGGUGAAUGCCAUCGGUGUAUUGACCGGAUUUAUUACCGUACGAACUGUGUCCAUUGUACACUGUGUACAAUUUGUUGCUCAAAGUACCAUUUGUAUACGUCACUGCGAACAUGUCAAAAGCAGAAGCGACAAGUUGGCCACCUCCUGGUUAGCUUAAGUGUUUGUACCAUGAGGGGUUUUCACAGAGUUGGUGCCAGAAAACGGUUACAGGAGGUAAGAUAAUAGGAUUAAGUGGCCAAUCGGGCUUACAUUUUGCUUAGUUAGUUAGGGGAGAAAAACAGAUUAUUGAUACGCUGUAAGGCUUUCGGGGUUCAGUCUUGGUGUUCCACAGGCCCCUUCCCUUUGAUUCACACUAGCCAAGAGCUAAUCGCUAACCGGUCAGAGGGAUGCUGUAGCUUUAACAAGUUCCCUGCUCGACAGCCAUGGGUUUAAUACAAGUGAUCUACCCUCAUUCACUUACAGUAGCUCCUGAUCUAAUGUCAGUCUUGAUUGGUGGUAACUAUGCAGUAAAAAUAUUACUUUUUUCUUCUUCUCACAAAUCUAAAAAAAGCCUGUUGGCUUACCUCAAAGAUGCAAGGACAUUUACUUUCCUUCUAAGCAUAUGUCCUCUCCCGGACCGGGCCAAUGGAUGCAUGUCCUGAAAGGGGUCUUAAACCCAGAGGUGUCAGAGUGGGACUCAUCUGAAUCGGGAAGUUUAGUUUUUUUUUUUAAUGGCGAUACAUUCGGUAGUUUUCGGCGAGGAUUGCUCCUAAUGUCGCUCAAUGAGGGUGGAAAAACCCGAGUCCAGUCCUCUCAUGUCUCCCUGUGCAGCAACACUUUGUCUCCAUAAUGGAUAAAAACAUCUCGGCCUGUCGUUACUAUCGUCCUGACAAAGCCGCCCUGAAAAGUCUUCCCUGCGUACCUUGCAGUGGAAGCUUUCUUGGUUUAUGACCGCUGAAUGUCCUGACGGGUGGAUGGGUGGUGAUGCGGUGGUCUCCCCCGCCAUGCCCCUGCAGCCUUCCCCGGUCUGACACCCUGCUCUGUCUCACCCCUGAUUAACCCCCCCCCACCCCCCUCCUCAUCAUCAUCACGUUGCAAAACCUCCAGCUACCACCGACCUCCCUGCUCCCCCUUCGCCUCCGCCUCCUCCCUCAACCGGAACCUGGUCUGGUCUCCACCAUCCUCCGUGGGAAGAACUUUACAGCCAGGUGAAAAGAAAAAAAAAAAGGAAAA